AUGGCAGCAACGAACGGGCAGAAGAGAAAGGCAGAUGACAUAGUCGUCCCUGAUCUCGCCGAAGAUGCAACGGAACGAAAGAGAGUGCUCAAUGUCCUUGCACAGCGGAGAUAUAGACAACGAAAGCGAGAACAGUUAGCUGAGCUUGAAGCAAAGGCCAAACAAAGAGAGAGAAAGACACCUGAGUCAAGCGAGAAAGUUACAUCUUCUGAACCAGGGUCCUCGCCAGGCCUAGUACCAGCGAGCUUGCCAGAUGCAAUUGGAAGGCAGAUACCAACACCUCCCGAGUUGGACUUCGGCAAUGGCUCUCUAUCAUUCUCAUCUCCUUUGGAUUACCAGGUACAGAUAGCGGGAGAGCCAAUUCUAGACCUGACCAGCAUACCGGACUUUAAUUUCGACACAUCCUCUCUAUCUGCCAUUGGAACAGAGACCCCUCCGCCGGAUCUCCCUUCGCCCCCAGCGGAUCUCCAACUCUCACCCACAGCACGGGCUUCUUCGCCCGGUCUGUCCAUGCUUUCCUUUCAGUUCCUUGCAAGUCAGCCCCAGGACGAUACCCAGCCGCUCUCGGCAGCGCUGCAAUCAUACCAAACUUCCAACUUUACCUUUCCGGAUGAUAAGAUUCUGGACGUCCCGCCCCUGACCCUCCUGCGCGCCAUGCUCACCAUCGCGACUCGGCUGAAUUUAACCGAACAUAUUUGGAACCUUGCGGGUAUAAGCCCAUUUUUCACCGGACAAACGGGUCUUGGCACCAACAUAGCCUUACCUUCGGGGUUAGAUCUAGCUGAUAUCCCAAGGAAUUUCCAUCCAACGCCUACCCAGCGGUUGGUUCCACACCAUGCGAUUCUGGACUUGCUGCCAUGGCCGAGUGCGAGAGAUAAGUUGAUACACGUCUUUAGCUUGCCAGUCCAGUUACGGCCCCCCGCAGCGGCAGACCCGAUGGGCUUGAUGGGCUUGGUAUGCGAUAUAGAAGAUGCUGGCGAAGGUAUGAGAGUCAGUGGCCCAGACCCAUUUUCUCCUGAGAUGUGGGAGGUUGGCCAACUCGUCUUUCAGCGCUGGUGGUGGGCAUUCGAAGGGAGCAUCGUGGAGAGCAGCAACCGUCUACGAAGCAAACGAGGAGAACAAGGGCUUAUUAUUGGGGCCGUGCCAUGA